GCUAUUUCCAUCCCAUCACAAGCGGUGUAAUAAACCAAUAGAAAGGGGACAAAUUAUUUUUAUUUUAUUUAAAAAAUGUUGGGGAUCUUCAGUAGCUCCGUCGUGUCUCCUCCGGAAGAGCUGGUGGCAGCCGGUAGCCGAACACCGUCUCCCAAGACGACGGCGAGUUUGCUUCUGAAAAGGUUCGUUGAGAGGAAGGCGUCGGCGGUGUCGCUGCAGGUUGGGGACGACGUGCAGUUGGCUUACACGCACCACGAGGAGUCACCGUGGCAUCCCAGAUCAUUUGCAGUGAAGGAUGAUAUAUUCUGCUUAUUCGAAGGAGCUCUAGACAAUUUAGGGAGCUUGAGACAGCAAUAUGGACUUGCGAAAUCUGCGAAUGAAGUCGUUCUUAUGAUCGAAGCUUACAAAGCUUUACGCGACCGAGCACCGUACCCUGCCAACCAUGUUGUUGGUCAUCUUAGUGGUAGUUUUGCCUUCAUUGUUUUUGACAAAUCCACUUCCACCCUCUUUGUUGCUUCUGACCAAUCUGGAAAGGUUCCUCUGUAUUGGGGAAUAACUGCUGAUGGGUAUGUAGCAUUUGCUGAUGAUGCUGAUUUGCUUAAAGGUGCUUGUGGAAAGUCACUCGCUUCUUUUCCUCAAGGAUGUUUCUACUCGACCGCAGUUGGAGGAUUAAGAUGCUACGAGAAUCCAAAGAAUAAGAUUACUGCAGUACCAGCUAACGAGGAAGAAUUUUGGGGUGCAACCUUCAAGGUGGAAGGGGCAGCUGUUGUUGCAGCAACAGAGUAAAUAUAACAGUAAGACAUGCAUGAAGGGAUCAUAAUGUAAAAAUCUUUACUCAUAAAUGUGAAGAGUGUGAGACUGGUCAUGGUAGAGUUUAAGUGUUGUAUAGGUUUUUCUGUGUUUCAAAAAAUGUCCAGUUGCAUUUCUAAUGUAAUAAAAAUAUAUGCAUGCGUCUGGCUUGAGUUCUGUACUAUAGUAUUCUAUAUAAAAAAAAUGUAGAUAUAAACUUUCAUCUUUCAACUAAUAAAUUAAUGAUACACUUUGUUCA